UUUUCAUUUCAUUUUGUUUUUCGAUUUAUUUUGUAUCACCAAUAGCGGUUGCUAUCAACUCAAAGAAAACAGCAAGCUGGCUCUGGCUGUCAGUGCAGGGCAGACCAAGGACAUUUACGCCUAGCCUACUUUAUUUCUCCAUCAGUCCAUUUCUACCACAAUCUUUUUGGACUGGACAUUUUAAGGAGAAGCUGUGCAGCAGAAGAUGGCCGCGCGUCUUACAGUAUGUGGUCCUCCGCCCUAUGAGCACCCAGCAGAUGGAGACGCAGGUGUUCAUCUGUACAGUGACGAGGAGAGAGGGCUGUGUGCAGAGGUGGACUGGCGUCUCACUACUGCAGCCAUCAUGGGUGGAGCCAACCAGAGGUAGAGCAAGAUGUUGGAGUUCAGCUAGAGCAGCCCACCCCUCCAGUCCUCCGCUGCUGUGUGGGGAAAAGAAGAUGACUGUCACUAGCCGGCAGUCCUUCAAUGUCCUGGCUGUCAUCUUUCUUCUGCUGUCUACCGCAGCUCUUUCAGCACAUUUUCGGGUGUGUGAGCCAUACACUGACCACAAGGGGCGUUACCACUUCGGCUUCCACUGCCCGCGUCUCUCCGACAACAAGACCUACAUGUUCUGCUGUUACCAUAACAACACACCGUUCAAGUACUGCUGCAAUGAUACGGAGUUCCAGCACGUCAUGCGAGUCAACUUGACAACAACCCCAGACGGUUACACACACAACAACUACACAGCCCUAAUUGGAGUGUGGAUCUACGGCUUCUUCGUCAUGGUGCUCUUGGCUCUGGACUUCCUGUACUACUCAGCCAUGAAUUACGAGCUGUGCCGGGUCUACCUGCAGAAGUGGGGGCUGGGCGGCCACUGGCUCCAGCAAGCCAGGAGUCAGUGGAAGAGCCCCGAGCAGGAGGAGAGCGAGCUCCAGAACCAGGUCCCGUCUCAGCCCACAGCACCGGCCCUGGGCCCGGGCCCCUACUCCCACCCCAGACACAGCCUCCGAGGAGACGCCCAGAGCCCCACGCUGCUCCCACUGCACACGGCCGACGCCUGAGUGAAUCUAUGGAGGGACACCAUCUGCUGCGCAUCAUCAAAGAGCAACAUGGGAAAAUAAGGGUCAGGAUUUGGACCCUGGACUCUACCCUGGGAAGGGCUCCUCUGUUCUAUUCCACAAGACCUCUAAAAUCAGAAGACGGAACAAGGACAGUGGCUGUAGCGGACAUGAAGCAGGACAGCUCUCCGGUGAAACAGAGGACAGCAAAACCACAGGCCCCACUGAACUCCUCCUCAUGUCUCACCUCCCCCCGAUGGCCACUGUCUGUGUCCACCCAAGAGAUGGAGGUGGCCGGGCUCCCGUACCACUGACGAUGUAUCUGUAUUGUUUGCACUGCUGUACGGCCCAGUAGGGCCUAGAGUCAAUAGCUAAGUAGCUGUAUAUGAUUAACCAUGGGUUCUUUGUAUUACUGUCAACUAGUCAGGGAACUGUAUGAGAGGCAAACAUUUAGGAUGUGUGUGGAUUUUUGUUUUGGUUUUAAUCCACUGUUGAUAACCUUUUGAGACAUGUAGUCUUUCUUGGGUAGCCCACAUGUUUGAGAGCACUUUUUGUUACUGAAGUAGGUCUGGUCUGCCUUGCUGCAGCUUCGAGGGGGAAAAUAGUCAUGAAACAUACAGACAGUUCAGUUUUAGUUUUCAUGAAAACACACAUUUUGUCAACACAUUUUACUACUGAACAUUUUUAUCAUGCAUUCUUAAGUGUCAAGAGGUUUGUAAGACAUCAGUAUUCCAUGUACAACGGCCAUCAAGUUAAGAAUUUAAGCACAUUAAUUUUCAUCAGAAGAAGUACUGUUGAGAAUGUGUCUUGUUUUGUUUCAGAAUUAGUUUGGUAAAACAUGUUGGUAAACAACUGAGAGCACAACCAAGAAGUGUUUGUGACCUGUCGGUAUGAAAAUAAAU